AUGUGGGUGGAUGGGACCAUGCUGAAGCGGGAGGUGAAGCCAGAAGCUGACAGGCCACGGAAAGUCCGAUUUCGGAUAGCAUCGUCUCACAGUGGGAGAGUUCUGAGGGAGGUGUAUGAAGAUGGACGGCCAGCAGGCUCUCUGGAUUCUGAAUGUGCCAGUAUCUGUGGCAUAGAUGGACUCAGUGAGUCUGAUGGACAGCAGAAUGGCCACAUAGGAUCAGAAGGUGAUGAACAGGAGGAUGACCAGGAUAACCUGCUGGUGUUAGCAAGGGCAGCCAGCGAGAAGGGGUUUGGGACAAGAAGAGUCAACAUUUUAAGCAAGAAUGGCACAAUCAGAGGUGUUAAAUAUAAAGUCAGUGCUGGACAAGCUCUGUUUAACAAUUUGACCAAAGUAUUACAGCAACCAUCAACUGAGCUGGAAUUUGACCGGGUAGUGAUUUAUACCACUUGCCUUCGUGUGGUACGGACGACCUUUGAAAGGUGUGAACUGGUUAGAAAGAUCUUCCAGAACCAUCGAGUCAAAUUUGAAGAGAAAAACAUUGCUUUGAAUGGUGACUAUGGAAAAGAGUUAGAUGAACGAUGCCGGCGGGUUUCUGAAGCUCCUUCCCUCCCUGUUGUGUUCAUUGACGGCCAUUAUCUAGGAGGUGCUGAGAAAAUUUUGUCAAUGAACGAAUCAGGAGAACUGCAAGACCUCUUAACCAAAAUUGAGAGAGUGCAGCAUCCACACGAGUGUCCCUCCUGUGGGGGCUUUGGCUUUCUUCCGUGCUCUGUCUGCCAUGGAAGCAAGAUGUCAGUGUUUCGAAACUGCUUUACAGACUCUUUCAAGGCCCUGAAGUGCACGGCUUGCAACGAGAAUGGUCUUCAGCGCUGUAAGAGCUGUGUGGGUUAGAGUUCUCAUCCACAGAGCACCUGGUGUCAUUGACUGAAAGCAAUAAUUUGGUUUAUACGUUUUUUCUUUUUUAAUGUCUAUGUUUCUGGAUUAAUCAAUAAACUUUGUUUAUUAUAAUUUCCUUUGUUUGGAAUUUUUGCCGUGACUACGUUCAUUGAUGUAUUAAAUAAAUAUUUAUUCAACAGCUACUGUGUGCCAAGCCCUGUCCUAGACCCUGGAUUCUAACCUGAAUUAAUGGAGGACCUGAUAAAAUUCCAAGAUAUUCAAAGUCUGAUUCCCUAACUGUGUUUGAUUUUCUAAAGAAAAUAUAAAUAUAUCGAAUGGUGUCUAUCACAAUGCCACCCUGUUGUCUAGGAUCAGUUCAUUCAGCUCUCCAGAUGCAUACAUUUUAUUAAUAUGUGAGCCUCAGCUGUAGGGGA